AGAAGCAGAUCUUUCAGAGUAGCAGCAGAUGGCAGCAGUGCUCAGUGUGAUUCUUAGAAGACCAACGCCAAUGUACAAUCUAAACGCCUACACAACGUCAGUCCGUAUGUUUCAGGUAAUUGUUUCUGGCACUUGCUUUAAAAGUACACAGUAUAGGAUAUAGCAUCAUCUAGUGGUGACAUGGAGUUACAAGUAGUUACAUGCUGUGGUAGAAUACUCCUGACUCUCUCCCACUUUUGUCUCAGAAGUUCGGUAUCAAAACUUUUUGACUUACAACUAACUAAUGUUUUGUUCACAGGGUAAAUCCGUAGAUAUGUAAAGCAGUGGGUGGUGGAGUCCAAUAUUUUGUCGUUUAUUUAAAAUACCGAGUCUUCCCGCUGGGUGGGAAAAGUCGUUAAGAUAGCCUGCUAAUGUUUACACCUUAAAUAAGUGAUGCUAAUCCUAACCUCAAUCUUUCACUUGUUUAACAGAUAUCCCCAAAAACUAAACCUUUAAUCUUAAAAACGUUUUUUUUAAAUAACCUCACAUGGUCAGAUUCUUGUCAUAGUGAUGUGGUGUGUUAGUGAUUUUAUUUUUAAAAUUAAUAAUUAAAUGUAUUUGUGUUUAAUAACCAUUAACACAGUCCCUGCUCUCGAUGUACUGUACUUCAGUAUUACAGUACAUCGCCUUCAUUAAACGCUGCGCUUGAAGAGCGCAUCAUGACUGACGUCUCUCUCAGCCAAUCAGAGAGCAGAACUUAGUCACUUCCAGGUGGGUCUGAGCUGAGGUUAGAUUGUGCUGAGCAUCAGCUUUGAGCCUCCGUGUCCUCUCACCGUUACGUUCCCCAGUCAGGGAGCAGGUGCAGGUUGGCUACGGCGGAGCUAUGGCCGUUAUCGAGAACGUUUGAAAGAAAACAACACGCCAGUCCAUGGAGACGUUUGGUUCUGUCCGGUUUACUGCAGCCCAGCCGGGGACACAUGGUUUGGAGGAGUCCAGACAGCAGGUACCAUGAGGCGGACUGUGCAGAAAUGGACUGAGAGAGGGCUUUGACUAGGGUCAGUGUCGGUGCUGUGGUCUGUGCUGCCUCAUGUCGUCUGCUCAUGUUCAACACGUCGUCUGAAAGUGAGGACGACGACGAUGCUGCUGUCGCUGGCAGAGGUCACCGGUUCAACUCCGUAAUUCAGGAUGACGUCCUGUUGUCAACCCUGCCGACUUUCUCAGGCUUUGUCCAGAGGUCAGACGCCUCAUCAGCAGCCUGUGUCGUAUUAACCGCUGGCUGCGACCUUACCCUUUAGGCUUCCCGGCUGAUAUCCCGGUGAGGUGAUGCGGCGGUUUGUCUACUGUAAGGUGGUGUUAACCACCUCGCUAGUCUGGGUGUUGGUGGACGUAUUCCUUCUCCUUUACUUCAGCGAGUGUAAUAAGUGUGAUGACAGGAAGGACCGCUCGUUACUUCCUGCCCUUCGAGCGGUGAUAUCUCGCAGUCACGAAGGUCCAGGGGAGAUGGGCAAGGCAGUGAACAUCCCCAAGGAUGAGCACGAUAAGAUGAAGGAGCUCUUCAAGAUUAACCAGUUCAAUCUGAUGGCCAGCGACAUGAUUGCGCUCAACAGGAGUCUUCCCGACGUGAGGCUGGACGGCUGUAAGACCAAGGUGUACCCAGACGACCUGCCCAACACCAGCAUCGUCAUCGUGUUUCACAACGAAGCCUGGAGCACCCUGCUGCGGACCGUGCACAGCGUCAUCAACCGCUCCCCCAGAAUCCUGCUUGUGGAGAUUGUGCUCGUCGAUGAUGCAAGUGAACGAGAAUUCCUGAAGAAGAAGCUGGAGAACUAUGUGCGGACCCUCGAGGUUCCAGUGAGGAUCCUGAGAAUGGAGCAGCGCUCUGGUCUCAUCAGAGCCAGGUUGAGGGGGGCGGCCGCGACUAAAGGUCAGGUCAUCACCUUCCUGGAUGCUCACUGUGAAUGCACUGUGGGCUGGCUGGAGCCCCUGCUGUCCAGGAUCAAAGAAGACAGGACGGCGGUGGUUUGUCCUAUCAUCGAUGUCAUCAGCGACGAGACGUUUGAAUACAUGGCAGGCUCAGAUAUGACAUACGGCGGAUUCAACUGGAAACUCAAUUUCCGCUGGUACCCUGUUCCUCAGCGGGAGAUGGACCGACGCAAAGGGGACAGAACUCUCCCUGUCAGAACCCCCACCAUGGCGGGGGGCCUGUUCUCAAUAGACAAAACCUAUUUUGAAGAAAUAGGCAGCUAUGAUCCAGGGAUGGAUAUCUGGGGUGGAGAGAAUCUGGAAAUGUCUUUCAGGAUUUGGCAGUGCGGUGGCUCCUUGGAAAUUGUGACCUGCUCUCACGUGGGUCACGUCUUCAGGAAGGCCACUCCAUACAGUUUCCCCGGAGGAACGGGCCAAGUCAUCAACAAGAACAACAGACGUCUGGCUGAAGUCUGGAUGGAUGAUUUUAAGGAUUUCUUCUAUAUUAUCUCUCCAGGAGUGAUGCGGGUUGACUACGGCGACGUUUCUUCACGUAAGGCCUUCCGCGAGGCCUUGAAGUGCAAACCUUUCUCCUGGUAUUUGGAGAACGUCUACCCUGAUUCCCAGAUUCCAAGGAGAUACUACUCCCUCGGUGAAAUCAGAAACGUGGAGACCAAUCAGUGUGUGGACAACAUGGGGAGAAAAGAGAACGAGAGAGUCGGCUUUUUUAACUGUCAUGGUAUGGGCGGAAACCAGGUUUUCUCCUACACCGCAGAUAAAGAAAUUAGAACAGAUGACCUCUGUCUGGACGUCUCCCGCCUCAACGGACCCGUGGUCAUGCUCAAGUGUCACCACAUGAAGGGGAACCAGAUGUUUGAGUACGAUGCUGAGAAACUCACUCUGCUUCACGUGAACAGCAACCAGUGUUUGGACAUGCCAUCUGAGGAGGACAAGAUGGUCCCCACGCUCAGAGACUGCAACGGCAGCCGCUCCCAGCAGUGGCUUUUACGAAACAUGACUCUUAACGUCUGAUGACCUCACCUCCACAUCUGCUGCAUCAUUUGAACCCUGUCUUUUUCACCGCUCCUGGUUCUCCUCACCCUCAGCAGGUGGCUCUUAACCAACACACACACACACACACACACACACACACACACAUGCAUCGUAUUCCUUCUCCCGUUGCAGCCUGGCUAAUCAAUAUGAACCAUCCAGGCAGAACAGCUUAUCGUCCAUUAUGGAGGCGUCUCUUCUUUGCAGCCAACCACCAGCCUUGGAGAGCAGCUGCACCUGACGUUCAGGCGACAGGACGACGCUGCACUUUACCCUGAUCCAAACCAGGCGGAGGGAAGGAUGUGUGUGAGGUUUGUGCGUGGAGAACAUCGAUGUCAUUUCCUUUGGCUUGUUAGCAGUUAGCUGUGGCUCCACUCAUCUGCUCAGACCUGCUUCUCAGCAGCUGGACUAAUGAUGAAACAGAGGAGCAUCUGUAACAUAAAUGUUGUACAGGCUUCACCCUGAGCUGGAAUCACUGCUGUGGGUACAAUCAUGAAGAGAGAGAGAGCGACAAGGCUGCAAAGCUGCUGCCUUCUCCUUCCAUGUCGGUGUGUGGGCUCCACACAAACGUGAUGCUAAUGAAACCAGAGUGUAGAGGAGCUACAGUAUAAACCACAUUACCUGCAGUUGGAGUUUUUUUUUUUUUAUUAUUAUUUUUCAAGGUCACAUUUUGUGCUGUCAGUGGAGAAAAAUAACAAGAAAUUUGGUGCAGUAAGCAACGAUGUGUUCUACUGCUGUGAACGCUCUGCUGCUUCUGGUACAGACUCCGCUUUACGCCUUAAAACCUCAUCACGUGUUAUGCAAAAUUAAACGAUUCCCUGCAUCACACCUACAACUAUUGUCCUAAAUAACUGAUGAUUCUAGUGUUUGUACAGGUGAAUCUGAGGGGACACUGUUCCAAGCCUUUCUACAUAUAGAUGAACUAACACAAACUUUAAAAGUUCAGGUGUCCAUUUGUUCAGCCCGGUGAUGACAAUCUGUGACAGCUUUUUGCUUUCAGAUUUUACAGAAGGGGACUGAGUGUUUGGCUCUGGUACGUUUUGCUGCUUGCAUAUCCUAACAACCCAUCUGCGCCGCAGCUAAGGUUUGGACAAAGGCUUCAGAACAGGUACAGAAAGAAAACUGUACAAACACUAGUUUUAUACUGUAUUUUCCCAUUAACUGUUCAACAUGGUGGUAAUGUUGACUUGUAUUUGUAAUCAUAUUGUAAGGACAUUAAAAUCUGCUUUUUAAUUGCAGGUUUUUUUCAGUCCUGUUGUCAACUGUUAAAACAGUUACAGCUUCUUCUCUAAAUUUCCUUAUUUAAAAACUACAUUUUUCACUGAACCAAGGGAAUAAAAUUACAGAUUAGUCAUAUAUAUUCUAAUUUGGGGAAUGAAUCCAAUUGAAAUUGCCAUGCUGGGCCUUGCCUGCAUUUGAUUCGUGCUUCUUUGGCUGGUCCAACCCCCCACCCCACCCCCCAUUUUGAGAACCAGGGCCUCAAAGGAUUUUAUUUAUUUUUUGUUACAUCUGAGCCUUGAUUAAAAACACUAGAGGAAACUGAGUCUGUGCUGGACCAAAUAUUCCAUCUUUUCUACAGCAGAUCUCUGUAACCGCCAAGAAACCACACUUCCUGUAGACGAUGAGCCAUUGAUUAACCUUCUAAUUUUUUUCAUAAACAAAUGUACACGUUAUAACAGUGCAGACUGCACUUUAAGCCGCUGGGCGGGCUUGACUGUUUGUGCUUCAAGGACACACGACGCGCUUCGGUGUUACUGAUGGAGAAUGUCCUAAUUUUUAUAAACUACUAUCAUUAAGCGCAGCAUUAUCUAGACACUUAGGAAAUUUCCGACCGUUGGCUUCUGACAUCAUUAAAUAUUUUGUUGAAUGUAGAUGUUUACAGAAUUUGUCAGGUUCUCGGCAGCGUGGCUCAACUCUCCAAUCACAAAUGUGCAGACUCCGGUUUUUAAUGAUGCCACCGGAGCAGAAUGUUAUCUUAAUUGCUUUGCAGUGGAGGGAAAUGAAAAUACAUCUUCGUACGUCUUCAUAACGUAAGGUAUGAUUAAAUUUUGUACAUUUCUUGCAUUAUUGUUUUAAAACCCUAAUGUCCCCAGGACCACAUUAAUUCAGCGUUGACCAAAUACAUGCAGUAGUCACAAACUGCAGUAUGUUACGUUAAAGAGAAAGUAGAGAAAUGUGUAAUGAGAUUUUUAAGAUAACAUGGGAGAUUAAAAAAAAAAAGGUGCAGCUAAAGUCUUUUUUUCUCCCAUGUUUACUACCUGUAUUUUUCAUCAUGUUCUGUAGAAGUGAUAAAACACAGUAGAUACUGUUUGUUGCUUUAUUCAAACAGGGCAGUGGAAGAAAUGAAACUGUGGCUGCAGCAAAGAAUGUCAGACAUAAUGAACACCCAGCUCUGAGUAUGUAAUUGAUUUAGAAAGAGCUUUCUUUCACUGAUAUCGCCCGUGCACUCAAGUACCAUCGACUGCACAGUGUUAUCAUAACAGCAUAUUAACUAAAAACACUUUUAUCAUCUUCAAGCAGAUUCAGAGCUCUGGUUUCGAGGCAUCGACUCGCUGCUUUUUUUAUUUUUUUAUUUAAACAUCUGUACAAAUUACAGUAUGAUGUCUCCGAAGAAUUGCUCGUGCCUUUAGAAGGUUGUUUGUCAUUUUGGUUUAUUAGUGUUUAGACGAUUAAAUCCCUCUGGUGUUGGUAAAGUAGAAGAAUGUUUAGACGGUUUUAAUUUGAUAUUACAUUCGAAACUUGAUCAAAAAUCUUGCUGUUUGGCUGUUAAAUGUGUUUAUGUGGAUUUUUCCCCCUCAUCAGCCUAACAAAUAUUAGUAGUACCUACAUUGCAAAAGCGCCUGUGUAUAAAAUAUGAGAGUAAAUAUCUGAUUUAAAACCUGGAGCUGUGAAAGUAGCAACAACGUGCUACAAAAGUUAAGUCCACAUAAGGUCAGGUCUUUGAUAGUACUAGAUACUGUGAUACUAAAAGACGUUAAAAUACAACUUGUAUAAAGAAGUACCCCACAUUUUGAUAAGGUUUCUUUCAAAAAUGUACACUUUUGCGGCGUCACUUUUGCAACCUGCUAGCAUCGCUCAUACCUUACAUACGGUACAGUACAGUACAGUACAUGUCAUCGACCAGGCUACAAAUAGUGAUAGAUGAUGAUGUCGUUAUGUUUGUUCUUGUUCUUGUACAUACAGAACCAGUUAUUUUUUUAAAACGCUGUAAAACUUGAACACUCCACAGAGAGAAAAAAGAUAUCUAGUGUUGGAGAAAAAAAAUAUUUAUGCAGAUUUAGAAUGAUAAAAAAAAUAGCGCUUGCUUUGUUUUGUUUUUUUGUUUUUUUAUUGCGUGGUAUUUUGGAAUCACCAUUGGUCCCACGAAGCCAAUUCUCAGACUACCUACAGGACCUAAGGCGAGCGUACACAGGGGAACAUUUAAUGGUGAAAUACUAUCAAUGCUGCUUGAAUACUGAGUCGUUGCCAAGUGCCUGCUUGGCAUUCAGAGUCAAAUUCAAUCACCUCUUUUCGCACACAUUUAUUGUUUUUCAUUAUCUUAAAGUGCAUGGUGUUUGAAGAAAUUGUUAUGUUUCAAUGUACUGUCCGUAAAGUGAUAGUGUUAUCUGUUUGUACACUUUGCCUUUUUUGUAGAAAAUAAAUAAAAAAAAUUAGAUUAAGCAACACAGCAUUUGCAUUAAUUCCAUGGUAAAAGGCCUCGCGUCGACGCAUCAAUU